AUCCAGGUACAUGGCAUUAACCUCAUAUCGCGACUUGCUAUACUGGGCAUGUACAACCUGUAGGCCCACCAAUCCAGAAGGUGGGGGAGAUAGUGAUAUGCACGUGAUGGUACGUGAUGGUGGGGGGCACGACAUUGGAGUACAACUCAACAAGCUUUUCACUUCUCGGUUUCGAGCUCUCUAGCAUCUCAAUAGCUCUCUAUUCAAUCCUUGAUAUUUAACCAUGACGACUACAGAUGAAAUACCAGGUCAAGCAGGACUCCCAUCUCUGAACCCCACUAAAUCUUUCUGGCAUAGUGAGCCAUCGAAGAUCUUAUUGGGUCAUAGAACCACAGCGAACCUUCCUACAGAAGCUGAUGUUGUCAUUGUUGGGAGUGGUAUUGCAGGGACUUCUGCUGCACAUUGGUUAAGAGAGCAUAAUGAUGGAAAAGAUCUCAAUGUUGUGAUGUUAGAGGCGAGAGAAGCUUGUUGGGGAGCAACUGGUAGAAAUGGAGGUCAUUGUCAGCCACUUGUUUAUGCUUCACCUCCAGAAGUCGGGGCUUUUGAAGUGAGAAAUUAUGAGGAUAUUAAAUCUUUUGUGGCGGAAAAUGAUGUUCAAUGUGAUUGGAAGUCAUUAUCCAGUUGUCACUCUUAUAUGUCAGAAGAUCAGUUUGAGGUAGCUGUCAAAGCUGCGGAAGCCCUCAAGGAUCUGGAUCCAACGCUAGGCAACUUAGUUACCAUUAUCACCAAAGAUUCUACCAAUCCAUCAUUAUCAGACCUUCGAAUUCCCACAGCAGCUGGCGCAAUUGCGACCUCCAAAGCUGCCUCACUCUGGCCUUACAAAUUGGUUGCAUGGAUUCUAGAAGAUUUGAUCGCCAAGAAUGAAUCCUCAAGCUCGCCACAAUUCAAUCUCCAAACCUCAACACCCGUAACCGGGCUUCAAAAGUCUUCCUCGGAAUGGAUAAUCCACACUUCUCGCGGCCAACUCUCAGCCCCCAAAGUUUUAUUGGCAACAAAUGCCUACACAUCACAUCUUCUUCCCUCAUUCUCUGAUCUUAUUACUCCUGUCCGCGGUGAAAUGUCUUCACUUCUACCUCCAUCUACCAUGUCCCCGGCUAUAGAAUCUUCAAACAAACCCUUAGAAUACUCCUAUAGCAUCAUGGGUCAUUUCGGUCAAAACAUAAACCGGGAUGAUUAUCUCGUCCAACGACCAUUUUCCUCCACAACCUCAUCGCAACAAGAAUCAGGAGGAGAAUUGAUGUUUGGCGGGGGUCGCCAAUUUGCUGCCCAAGCUGGUUUGGGUGUCUUCGAUGAUUCAUCUAUUGAUCCUCCUGCUGCGAAUUACCUCCGUCGAGAAUUGCCUCGUACACUCAAUCUUCACAACAAUGAAGAAGAGCUCGAGGCUACUUAUGAAUAG